UGUACGGUUGCUAGCUAAUGGCUAGCGUUAGCGGACUAAUAUCAGUGUAGGUUAAGUGAACCCCAUAAGCUUUGUCGAAAAUGGAUUGUAUACAUUUCAGCUGCGGAUGAACAUGUUAAAAGCGACAUAAGCCUAUAUUCACCAAGUAAAUUAUGUGUGAAUAAGGCUCUGCAGAAUGCUUGCUGUAAGUACAAACGAAAUUUAAGGAGAGAACAGGUCUUUGCUGUCAGUAGGUGUUUAAAGGUUUUGGGCACUCACAUGAGUUCCAGGAAGGCAGCCAAGAUGGGGGACAUCUCGGCAACUGAAGCCGAUCUUCUUGGGAUGAUCAAGGAGUACCUUAAGUUUGAGGAAUUUGAAGAGACUGUUCACAGUUUCGACAAGGAGUGCAAAAUCAAAGGCAAGCUCGUCUCAAAGCCUCAAGGAAGUACUCUAAGAGACUCAAAGACCCGUGUCAUUCAGAAAGACCUCCUUAGCUCUUUUGAUGAUGGAGACCACAAAGUGUUCUUUGAACUGUGGACAGACAAUAUUCCCUCUGAGGUAAAAGACGCAGACGCCGAGGCCCAGAGCCUGGAGUUCUACCUUCACAUCCAUUUCACCAUCUAUCCACUGAGGAGGCACCCUGGUAGACAUGACCGAGCUGAGUUUGAGGAGAGGAUUUCACACUUCAAGCAGUUCCUGGAGACUCGGGGAGCAGCACUGAGUCAGACCACAAAGUUUCUGCCUUACUAUGCCUUGCCUUUCGUUCCCAACCCCACUGUCCACCCCUCCUUCAAAGAUCUUUUCCAGGAUUCCUGGUUACCACAGUUGAAAGAUAAGCUCGAACAGUUUCUGUCAGUGACACUGAAAACGUCCAACACCCCAAGGCUGCUGAAUUUAUAUAAGGAGGGAGGAAGGAGUACUAAAGAGGCCAUACAACAGUUACAGCUCCAACUGGUUGAAUCGGACCGGCGCAUCACUAGCUAUGUGCGGAAGUUCAACAAGAUGCAGGCCGACUACCACAACCUGAUUGGAAUCACUGCUGAGCUGGUCGACUCAUUGGAGGCCACCGUCAGCGGAAAAAUGAUCUCCCCUGAGUACCUGCAGAGUGUGUGUGUUCGCCUGUUCAGCAGCCAGAUGAGGCAGAGCGUGGUGCAGAGCACUGACUUUACCAGACCUGGCACUGGAUAUUACUCUAUGAGUCCCUAUGAUGAUGGCUAUGCCUCCUCGAUGCUACGAGCAUCCAUUGCACCGCAGAGAUCCAAGGAGGUGCCAAUGCUGCCCUCACUGGACUAUGAGAAGCUAAAAAAAGACCUAGUUGAAGGCCCAGACAGACUCAGGUCCCUGCUGCUUCAGGCGCUGCGCUGGAGACUGACUCGCUCACUCCCUGGUGAACAGAGGGACACAGUGCUUCAGGCCUAUAUCAGUAACGAUCUGCUGGAGCGCUACAGCAUUAAACAGAAAACCGUGCUUCAUUUAAUGAGAUCGAAGAACGAGAUUGUCCGCCAAUACAUGGCUCGUCUCAUCAAUGCAUUUGCUUCCCUUGCAGAGAGCCGGGUCUACCUCUCCCAAAUCCCCAUUCUUCUGAAACUUCUGACAGAGGCACUCAGGAGGGAGGAAAAAGACUCCCUGACUAGAGAGAAUGUGCUAGUGGCCCUGCAGAAACUCAGCCUCAGGAGGAGCCAGCAGACCGCCAUGAUAGCAGAUGAUCUGAUUGGCUGGCUGGUAGAUGAGCUGCAGGAUUCAGACUGCCUCAGUGACUACACCCUGGAGUACUCUGCAGCUCUCCUUAUGAACUUGUGUCUACGAACAAAAGGAAAAAGGAAGUGCGCAGAGAACGCCAAGCAUGUGCUAAAGGUUCUAACUGACCUCCUUGGACAUGAGAACCAUGAGAUUCGACCAUAUGUGAAUGGAGCCCUCUACAGUAUCCUGUGUAUUCCCUCUGUGAGACAGGAAGCCAAAGAGAUGAGCGUAGAGGAGAUUCUCCGCUGCUAUAGCAAGGAGGAGAACCCAGACCUCAACAGACAGAUUGAGUUCAUCAUUAAACAGCUGAACUCAGCUGAUGAAGAGGGGCCGGAGUCAGACGAUGAAGAAGAAGAAGAGGACGACAAUGAUGAAGAUUUAAUGGAGACAGACCUUGAUACAGAGGAAGUUCUCCAACCACAGCCCAGGGAACUGUCUGGGGAGAGUCUGCUCACCACUGAGUACCUGGGAAUUAUGACCAACAUGGCAAAAGUGAAGAGGAAGUCAAUCCCUGUGCCUCAACCAAGUGUUGAUGAACCCCUACAACGGCCAGUCACCCCGAGUUCUCAUCGUAAUGUCAACACGAUGGAUUAUCAAUCCGGCAGUCAGGGGGGUGAGGGUAGCAGGGACAGGGAAUAUCCUCUAAGCAGACAGAAUAGCGAGGAAGGAAGCCUACCUCCUUCCCGACACAACACCCGACCUCCUACACGCUCCGGCAGUCGCCCCAGCACUGCUGACUCCCUACGACACAGCAUCGACUCAGAGUGUGGCCGGUUGUCCCAGGAGUCAGAGUUAGAUGGGCCAUGUGAAGGGCGAGCCAGAAAAGGACUUUCCCAGGAGGAACACAAUGGACACUCUGCCAGUGGUGAUUAUAUUCCUGCAUUUGCAAGCCAGCCCAAGAUUCCCCGUACACCUGACACAGCAGCCAGCCAGAACAGUGCUCACCAGGGUCGAGGCCUGACUCUGGCACCCCAGUUUUCCCAGUCGGAGCCACAGCAGAGCAGCCGGCCAGGCUCUGCCAGCUCUUCGGGUGGAGGGGGGCGACAAAGUGGAAGCAGCCAGUCAAAGAGGAGGUGAAGAAGGAGCUGUCACCAUGGAGUAGCACUAUCCCCGGGAGCAUCUGGCUUCCUGUAACAUCAUCCCCCCCCCCCAGGUUGUGAUCAGGGUCAGGGCAACAGAGAUGGACGAGGAUCAGCAGCAGGAGGAAGAGAGGCUUAAACAAUGUGAUGGAUUGUGGCUCUGCUCCCCCCCCUUGCUUCGGCACAGACUUCUUCUGUAACAUGAUAUGAGGUCAGACAAUAGUCACAACCCCCAGGUGAUAGUUGGCAGACCUGAAUAUGUGCAAUAUCCUCCAGCCAUGACAAAAUUCAUGUGAAACAAGAUGCAAGUACUCUGAUUCGAAAGUAUAGCUCUUAGUUGGGGCAGUACGAGAGAAAAUAUUUGAUCACCUUUCUCUGUCUGCCUACUGGCUUACUGGUUUUCUGACACAAGCACAUUACUUGCCAUUUUCUUCACAUGAUUAGGGAUAAACAGAGUCCCAGAGAUGCCUCUUUUUGUUGAUAAAUCCUCAAUAUCUGCACUUUCAAGUUCAGACUUAAGGACAGUGUGGUUUCACCUGGUUUUAACUACAUGUAAACUGUGGAUUAAUGGUUCAGGAAACUGGACAUGACUAGGCAUAGAAAUAAAAUGUUUGAUAAUCUUCCUGUGAUUAUCACAAAGUUUAAUUCAUUUAAUAAGGCAUGGCAAGGAGGUUUUUUUGUGUUUGAAUUGAGUGUACAGAUGUUUUAAAAACAAGUGAUACAAAAGCUCAUUUGCAAAGUUCUCAUUUUGAUUCUACAAAUCAAUAAUCUUCUGAAUUUCACUAGGUACUGUAUAUAUUGACUUUUGACUGUGGUGGAAAAUAUCCGUCCACAUAAAUAAAUAAUUUGCUUUUCAAAUGUAAAACAUGGUCUCAUAUCAGAGUAGCUGCUCUUGUUUAAUUUAUGCUCCAGGAAAUGUUUACAAGAAAGACACAGGUUUUGAGUGGUCAGGCUAGUGCACGUAUUUCAAAAAUAUUAGGAACUGCUUAUUGCUAUUAAUAUACACUACCAUCCAUACAACUUGAAUUUAUGUGAAUGUCUUAAAUCCAGCAUUGGUUGCAUUGUACAUUUGCACUGUUUUCCAGGUGUCAUGACGUACAGUAUAUUUAUGUUAAUUGCUACAUUAUUGUUGUAACGCAUUUUGAUAGCAAUUGAUUUUGAUACUUUUUAAGUGGUUUUAAAUAAAUGUGUGACAUGUCA